AUGACCCAGAAUGACUCGGACAUCUGGUUCGAGGAGUCUUCAGGUUCAGGGAUGACUUCGCCCCUUUCCCAGCUGGACCAAUCAGAUCCCACAACCAUUCCUGAGGCCUCUCCUCUCAGCCUAUGGGGAGUGGUACUGUGCGUCUCCGGAACCCUCAUUGUGUCCGAGAACACCAUUGUAGUGGCGGCCAUCUUGGCCACGCCUUCUCUUCGUGCCCCUGUCUUCCUACUCCUCGCCAGCCUGGCAUUGGCCGACCUGCUUGCAGGCGUGGCCUUGAUCCUGCACUUCCUCUUCCUGUUCUGUGUGGAGCCCACGGAUUGGUCAGAUCUGAUGACAUCAGGGCUUCUGGCGACAUCACUGACCGCCUCCCUCCUCAGCCUGAUGGGCGUGGCGCUGGACCGCUACCUGUCGCUAAGCCACGCCCUGACCUACGGCUCCCGCCACUCGCGUCGAUGCGCCGCUGGUCUGCUGGCACUCGUCUGGCUGGGGUCAUGUCUGAUCGGCUCGGGCCCGAUGCUGGGGUGGCACUGCCUCAAUGACAUCACAUCCUGUUCCGUGGCGCAACCCCUGACCCGGACGUACCUGUCGUUGCUUUGUGGCGGCUUCCUGCUGGUCGUCAUGGUAACGCUGCAGCUAUACACCGGGAUCUGCCGCGUCGCUAGGCGGCACGCUCACGCCAUCGCCACGCAGAGGCACUUCCUGCCUGAUGACCAAUCGUACAAGAGCAAGCACGGGGGCCAGGGGAAGGGCCUCUCUCGGCUGUUGUUAGUCCUCGGAGUGUUCGUCAGCUGCUGGACGCCCUUCGCCCUUUACGGUUUGCUGGGCGAUGCAUCUAGCUCGCCCCUGUAUACGUACGCUACGUUAGUGCCGGCGGCAGGGAACUCUCUGCUCAACCCUCUGCUGUAUAGCCUGAGGAACAGAGACAUACGCAAGGUGCUGCUGCACGCCUGCUGUCCUCACAGACACACACACAACACACACAGGCCUGUUGACGUGUAG